CGACUAGCCGAGACGACCGGCCGCUUCCAAGACCCCGUCGCGACACCGCCAUGUCGUUCGCGCGCGCACCAGAGCUCCUCUUUCCCUCGAGCGUCAACUCGCUCCAGGACGACCGCAGCGUGAUCCGGGCGCAGCUCAGGGACACCUUCAACCGCCUGCACUCGAUCGCGCACGACGCCGACUUCAUCCACGAGCAGGUCGCGCAGGCGUUCCCUGAUUUCCCUGUCGUCGCGAAUCAGCGAGCCGGCGCGUGGUACGUCAAGCCGUCCGACGCGAAAGCGCACGCCUACUUCAAAUCAACCGACGGGCACGCCAACGAGCACAACUUCAACCUGAGGCGCGCCAACCUCGCUUUGCUCCCGCUCAUCAAGGACCGACAAGGGAUCAUCCUCGUCGACUCGACUCGUCGCGGCAAGCGCUUUCCCGAUGCGCUGUCCAAGACGAUCCCGCUGUGGUGCGCGACGCUCAACCAGGCGCGCGUCCUCCUCGUCCCGCCGACCGAGGACAACUCGAGCGUGUCGGCCGACGAGUGGCGCGAGCAAGGGCGCCUGUACACGUCUCCUCAAGCUGUUGGGCGGUCCGAGCACUCGCAGAUCGAGGUCAAGAUCGACGCGUGGGCGCGGGACUUGGCGAGCUCGGCCUACGACCUGUCGGCGCUCAAGACCCUCGACCGCCCUUUGCGACCCUUCUUCGUGUCGCCCGCCUCGACCCUGUCGCUCAGCCCGGCGUCCUCGUUCAAGGACUGCUACCCGGUCGUCUGCGCCAGCGCGAGCAAGCUCGCCGAGGAGGCCGACGGCCUCGAACGAGCCCUCGGGUUCACCUACGUGCAGGGCAGCGGCGACGACCACGAGGCCUGGUCCAAGGGCCUGACGCCGCCCGUCUUCUGGCAGCACGCCGACGACAUCCUCGCCGCAUCCCGCGACGAGAUCGACGACGUCAUCGCGCGCAUCCUCGAAGCGUCGCUCGCCGACCUGUCGACCCUGUCGCUAGCGCCAGACAGCGCGCCCGCCAUCGAGGUCCGGUCGACCCGGCUCCGGCUGCGCUUCGCCGCUCCGCCUGACGCGCCGUCGUCCGAGGACUCGACCAAGAUCUCGGUCACGGCGACAAAGGCGCCUCGCUCGGACGCCCUCUCGCCGACGCGCCUCGUCGCCAAGCCGGGCAAGGCCGGCUACAACGCCUUCUUCUCGCCUGCGGCGCUCGAGCCAACGCUCGAGCUCGCGACCGAGAAGCUGCGAGCGGGCGAGGGCGUCCUCGUCGAGGUGGUCAAGGGCGAGAUGCAGAGCGAGGCGAACGACCUCGGCGUCGCGGUCGCGCUUCUCCUCCUCGCUCGCCUCUACGACGACGAUGCGACGCUCCUCGACCCGUCUGCGCCGCCUCCCUCAGUCUCGAAGGAGCGCAUCCGGACUCGCCUGCAGUGGAUCCUCGAGGUGUUCCCCGCCGUCAACCCGUCUCGAGCGGUCCUCAACCGGGUCAACGACUUUGCCAUGUCUGGGGCGAAGCGGCGAUAGACUUUUUGAGUAGCGCGGGGUGGGAAUGACAAAGAAUAGACGCGUUGCAGCAGCUACGCAAGGUCCAUCGUCGAGACGCGGUCCUGCUUCCAGUCGCCCCGGGCU